AUGCUAUUCGGCCAAUGGGCCACCAAUAAACUGCGUCCAGGGGGGUGGAGAAGUCGCGGCAGCAGUGUUGGUGACCUUAGAAAUAAGGAGGGUUUAACAACCCAGCAGUUAAAGGACCUGGGGCUGAAAAGGUCGAGAGAAUCGUUGCGAGAUCACUCAGGCACGGAUACGGACGGAGAGACCGGGGAAGGGCGGAAGAAGGCGAAAGCAGGCCUAAGGAAGGCGAAGGCCACUGACUGCGAAGAGGAGGCGGUUCUGAGCACGGAAAGGAAAGGAACGGAUGAGGAUAAUGGUUUCAACAGGUUUAAUAGCACCUUGCAGACGGUGAAGGAUUCGUUGGAGCUGAUUGCUGUGGCCGCUGCUGGGGAACAGAUAAACAUGGACUUCAGAAAGGCCACAAAUAGCGACAAAGUAGUGGUGACGCAAAGCAUCCAGGAAAGGAUAGAAAGCCUUAUGAAAGAAAAUGCUAACCUGAGGAAGGCUAAUGAAAACCUUAUGCAGCAGGUGCAGUCACUAAGGGGCGAGGUGAGGGCAUUCAGUAAGGAACUGUCGACGAAAGGCAGGCCCCCGAAGGCGGCUGACCCAAUUACGGGCCCUAUUAGGGUCGAUGAGUCCGAAGAUAAGGUACUGAAAGAGUUUGCGGAAAACCUCAUGCUGGAGACCACCAGGAUGGUAAGUACCCGCGUGAACUCCCUCCUGAAGUACCUGGUAAGAUCGGAAGGGCUGCGUCCACAGUUAAAUUCGGGCAAGAGGAGGGUGGCUGCUCAAUCAGAGAAGGCAACCUCAGGAAGGACUACACCGGUCCAGGAAAGGGAGAGACCUGAAGAGUGGAAGAUUGUUACCACCGCCAAGAAGAGGAAGAAGAAAAAGGCGGCUAGAAAGAGCAACGACGGAACUGAUGAGGUUAUAGAGGCGGGGCAAGUACUACCGCAUAAUUAUGCGGCGGUGGCUGCAAAAGGUGGGGGAAAAGUGAAGGAGCGGAAAUGUAACUGGAAGUGUCCUGAAUGUAGUUGCAAACAGCCCAAAACAGGGAAUCUAAACACACCGAUUCACCAGGCAACGCGUUCCGAACCAACUGCUGCUGAUAAUAUUGUCACAGAGGUGCCCUCGUCGCAAACUGCUGUUGGUGAGAAAUGCGUAGCUUCGCCACCGGAAUCUUAUAACCUGACGUCUCCGUUGCAAGCCGAUAAUGUCACUAUACGAGCGAGACGCGAGCAGAAAGAUUUUCCACGUCACAAUGAUUUCUUAACAGAAGAAAGGCUGCGUGUCAUUUUAUCUGAUACACUUCACGCUUCAAUACGAGACUUGGUAUCUGUGCAGCUAAAAGUUUUAAACGACCAAGUAAACGAAUUAAAGGACUCUAUGACUUUCUACAAUCAAAAAUACGAGGAGAUGAAGACUAGUUUGGAGGAGAAAAUUCAUGUGAUAGAUGAACUUCAGGGGGAUAAUUGGAAACUGAAGUCUACAUUAGCCGAUGUAUCCAACCGACUCAAUAUGCUAGAACAAAACACGAGGGAGUGUAAUAUUGAAGUAAAUGGGAUCCCUGAGCACAAAACUGAGAACUUGGUCCAGACGAUUGAGCAACUUGCAAAGGUCAUUGCUCCAUUGCUGAAGAAGAUAUACUCCAUGUGA